AUGAUCAGCAAAAAAAUUCCCUUGGCGUCAUACCUGUUUACUCGUCUCAGACAAACAGGCACUCGGCGCAUCUACGGAGUACCUGGAGACUUUACGCUCAAAGCUCUCGAUCAUGUUCCCCGCUCCGGGCUCCAGUUCGUCGGAUGCUGUAAUGAGCUGAAUGCUGGCUAUGCCGCAGAUGGCUACGCCCGAGCCCAACGUCAUCGUCUGAACUCUGGGCUUGGUGCAUUGAUCACUACGUACGGUGUCGGGGAGCUGAGUGCAUCCAAUGCUGUCGCUGGAAGUUACGCCGAGCAUCUACCGGUCGUUCAUAUCGUCGGGACACCUUCUCAGAAAGCAAGACAGGUUUCGACUGCAAGCGUUGGUGGAAGGAAGCCGCACUUGCAUAUUCAUCACACCCUGGCUGAUUCACGAAUUGGUGUGUUCCGAGACAUUGCGGAGAAGUUUACAGUCGCACAGCUUGAUCUUGCGGGAGUCAAUGCUGAGGAUGUACCUAGCAAGGUUGAUGAGGUCCUCGCGAAGGCUCUGCAUCAUAGUCGUCCGGUCUAUAUCGAGCUACCAUCCGACGCGAUAGAAACUGCGGUCUCUUCAGCCACACUUGGCAACCCGAUCGACGAGAGACGAACCACAAGCGAUGGACCUGGAUACAUGGAGACAAAAACAAGGGCUGAUGCUCUUUUGCAAAAGAUUUACGCGGCUCAGAGACCAUUAAUUUUGGUCGAUCGGGGUGAUGGAAUCGAAACUAUCCGGCCUGAUAUCAACGACUUUGUAGAAAAGUCGGGUAUUCCAACACUGUCACUACCAUCAGGUGCCAGCAUGAUUAAUAACUCGCUAUCCAACUAUUUUGGUGUGUAUUCUGGUUCAAUAGGUCAUGUUGACUUGACGCCUGCCGUGAAGUCAGCAGAUUUGGUUUUGGCUUUUGGCUGUCAGUUCUCAGAUACCCAAACGCUCGGCUGGGGUGUCGUCCCUGACCGAGAUAACAUAUUUAUGAUUGGAAGAAAUCAUAUUGAGGAUGAACAGACGGAUGCUGGAGAGGUCUUGAGAACGAUGACCGCAAAUGUCAAGAAACAGAACCUCGCAAAGCAAGACACAUCUUUAUGGGGUAACUUCCGCCAUUUGCCUGCGCAGACACUCGAGCCGGAAGCUUCUAUAAACCAGGACGACUUCUACUUCCAUCUCAACAAGCAUCUCAAGGAUAACGACACGGUGUUGUUGGGAAACGCAACACCAAUUAUAGGUGGACGAGACUUUGUUCUUCCACCCUCUUCUCACCUCAUUGCAUCAGGAAUGUGGUUCUCGAUCGGACAUAUGCUGCCAGCAGCGUUGGGAGUUUCUCAAGCCAAAGCCGAUCAGGGUUCAUCUGGACGCACGAUUCUUCUGGACGGUGACGGAAGCUUCCAGAUGACGGCGCAAGAGUUAAGCACCAUUAUACACAAGCGCGUCAAUAUGAUUGUCUUCAUUGUUAAUAACAGUGGGUACACAUACGAGAGAUACAUCCAUGGUAUGGAUGAGGAGUACAACGAUGUCGCGCCGUGGAACUAUAGUAUUGGGCCUAGUCUUUUUGGUCCGGCACCUGAUGGAUAUCCAAUCCAGUCGUGCCGAGUACGGACCUGGAAAGAGCUGGACAGUGUUAUUAACUCUGAGGGAUUCUCCACCGGGAAAGGCUUGACGCUGGUCGACCUUGUUAUGGAUAGAUAUGAUAUUUCAGAGAAGGCCAAGAUGUUAUUUGAGUUUGUUAAUAAGCAACUUUAG